CUUUUUACAAAUCAUACUCCCAUUGCAAUUAAAUCUUUUUCUCUGAUCCAUUUCAUCAUUCAAUGACUAUUCUUAUUACACAAAUGUCAUUUCUUUUGCUUCUAUUUUUAUCUAUGUUUACAGUCCACAAAACCAUGUCGACCAAUGAUCACAGGAUGGUUUCUUGCAAUGAGAGAGACCGAGAGAUACUCUUAAUCUUCAAAGAGGGAAUCAUUGAUAGUUAUGGUCGAAUUUCAACAUGGACAACCGAAAACAAUUGUUGUUUUUGGGAAGGAGUCCAUUGUAACAACAAUACCGGAAGAGUUACACGACUGGAGCUACCAUCUAUUUUUAAAGACGGGCACUCCAUAUAUUUGAAAGGUGAGAUGAAUCUUUCAAUUUUAAAACUUGAGUUUCUCGGUCACUUGGAUUUGAGUUCCAAUGAUUUUGAUAGGAUAAGUAUUCCAUCUAAUCACCAAAACAUCACACAUGUAUCUAAACUUCUCUACCUUGACUUAUCAUGGAAUAAUUUCCACUACAGAAAAAAAGUGUUCAUUCACAUGGAUAAUCUUGAUUGGCUUUCUCCUCUCUCUUCUUUGAAAUAUCUCAACCUUACUGGAAAUGAUCUUCAUAGAGAAUCCAACUGGCUUCAUGCAGUGGCUAUGUUUCCUUCAUUAUUAGAGUUACAGUUGAGGGAGUGUAAACUAAACAACUUCAUACUCAACCCAUCACUUGAGUAUAUGAAUUUGUCUUCACUUAUCACUCUUGAUCUUUCUUAUAACAACUUCGCCUCUCAUUUACCUGGUAAGUUUUUUAAUCUCACGACACAUAUCACCUAUCUUGAUCUUAGUAACAGCAAUAUACAAGGUGAGAUACCUUCAAACAUACUAAACCUUGAAAGUUUAAGAGUCCUUGAUCUCUACGAUAAUCAUCUCAAAGGAUCAAUUCCAUAUGAAAUAGGCCAACUAGCAUAUAUUCAAAGACUUGGUUUAUCCACGAACAUGUUAAGUGGUUUCAUUCCUCCAACUCUAGGAAACCUCUCAUUCUUACGUUACUUAGAUCUUUCCUAUAAUAAUUUAUCUGGUGAUAUAUCAAAAACAACUUUUUCCAAACUCAAUAGUUUAGAUUCACUAGACUUGAGUAGUUCAAAUGUUACUUUUCAAUUUGAUUCUGAUUGGGUUCCUCCUUUUCAACUCAGUAACCUUUAUUUGAGUGAUUCAAAUCAACACCCAAAUUUUCCAUCAUGGAUAUAUACACAGAAGUCAUUGGAGACUCUUGAUUUGUCAAGCUCGGGAAUUUCAUUGGUAGAUAGGAAUAAGUUUGUGAGCCUUCUAGAAACUAUACAAUAUAGUAUUUUAUUGUCAAACAAUUCGAUGACGGGAGACUUAUCAAACCUAACACUAAAAGGUUAUGAUAUAAAUUUAGAUCACAAUAAUUUCACAGGAGGACUCCCUAACAUAUCACCAAGGGCUAAAUACGUUGAUUUUUCUUACAACUCCUUUUCUGGACCAAUUCCACAUAGUUGGAAGAAAUUAAAGGAUUUAGUGUACAUUAACUUGUGGAGUAAUAAGUUAUCAGGUGAAGUACUAGUGCACCUCUCUCAAUCGACACAACUGAAAUUCAUGAAUUUGGGAGAAAAUGAAUUUUCUCGAAUCAUAUCAAUCAACAUGUCGCAAGAAUUAGAAGUGAUCAUAUUGAGAGGUAACCAAUUUGAAGGGAACAUCCCAUCACAAUUAUUCAAUCUCCCAAAAUUAUUCCAUUUGGACCUAGCACAUAACAAGCUUUCGGGAUCUAUGCCGAACUGCAUUUAUAACUUGACUCACAUGAUUACUAAUAAUAAACAAUUGACUUCAUGGUAUGUUGCUACAAUUGAUUUGUUUCAAAAAGGUCAAGAUUAUAUGUAUUCAGUCCAUCCAGAUAGGCGAACUAUUGACCUUUCAGUCAAUAGCUUUUCGGGAAAAGUGCCAAAGCAAUUAUUCCGUCUUGUUCAAGUUCAAACAUUGAACUUAUCUCACAAUAAUUUUACUGGUACAAUACCAAAGAUUAUUGGAGGAAUGAAAAAUAUAGAAUCUUUCGAUCUCUCUAAUAAUAUGUUUUAUGGUGAAAUUCCCCAAAGCAUGACUGUCUUGAACUUUUUAGAUUACUUGAAUCUAUCUCACAACAAUUUUAAUGGUAAAAUCCCAACUGGAACACAACUUCAAAGUUUUGAUGCAUCUAGCUACUUUGGAAAUCCAAACUUGUGCGGAGCUCCUCUAAGUAAUUGUACCACAGAAGAAGAAAAUCCUAAAAAUGUAAUGCCAACAAGAAGGAAUGAAGAUGAGGACUCUAUAAGACAAUCAUUAUAUCUAGGCAUGGGAGUUGGAUUUGCAGUAGGUUUCUGGGGCAUAUGUGGUUCUUUGUUUCUUCUUAAAAAAUGGAGGCACGCAUAUUACCGAUUUGUUGAUGGAGUUGGUGACAAGAUCUAUGUAACUUUCAUGGUAAUGUUGAAUAGUUUCAAGAGAAAUUAAGCCUUCGUUAACUGAGGUGAUUUUGUAUGUGGAAGAUCUUGCGUUAUAUCAACAUUGUUACUUUUGAAUUCAUCUUUCUUCUAAACUAAUACUUUAGUUUAUAUCGAAAAAGCAAUUUUUAGUAGUCAGGGAAUUCCAUUCACCUUUCUUGUUUUAUUGGCUAUAAAAGCCUUGUAUCUUUCGUUUGUAAUAACAUCAGAACAUAAUCAAUAAAUACUUUUAGUGUAACUGAGUUGUGAAAUUUUCACGUGAGGAGAGGUUAAUUAAUUUAUGGAUUUCAUUUUCAUUACGUUUGUGUGCUUCCACGUUAAUUUGUUCUUCCACAAAUAUAACUUUGAGAAAAUGUUGUGUAGUUUCCUAACAAUUGGUACCAGAGCUGGUUGGUUCUUUCAAUUUCAGAAGCAGUGUAACUGAGUUGU